AUGGCAUCUUGUUCCAGGUUCCUCAAGCUCCAGCUGGAAGCAUUCUUCAUGUAUGUGAUACUCCGAGUUGGCAGCGGUGCGAGCGGGAUGCAGCUGCAGGAGGUGGCGAUCGAGGGGCUCAUCAGCUUUUGCCGGCAGCCAACCUUCGUGAUCGAGAUGUACGUCAACUAUGACUGCGACCCGCUGAUGCGCAAUGUCUUCGAAGAGGUCGGCAAGCUGCUCUGCAAGGCGGCGUACCCGCUGUCGAACCCGAUGACGACCGUUCAGCUCCAGGCGUUCGAGGGCCUCGUCAACAUGAUCACCACCAUCGCCGACAACGUGGAGGUGGAGAAGGCCCCGGACCAGGAGGCGUACAACGUGGAGAUCUCCGAGUACCGGCUGUUCUGGCUGGAGCGGUGGGACUCGAGCGACGACCAUGGCCACGAGACCUGGGUGGACUUCGUCCGCAAGCGCAAGCUCAAGAAGAAGAAGGUGGCCAUCGCCGCCAACCACUACAACCGCGACGAGAAGAAGGGCGUCGAGUUCCUCAAGCUGUGCCACCUGGUGCCCACCCCGCCGGACCCCAAGAGCAUGGCCUACUUCCUGCGCUACUCGCCGGGCCUCGACAAGGUCAAGAUCGGGGAGUUCCUCGGCGACCCGGACGAGUUCAACCUCAAAGUGCUCAAGGAGUUCACCGACACCUUUGACUUCAACGGCUCCAUCCUCGACACCGCGCUCCGCACCUACCUCGAGUCGUUCCGGUUGCCCGGAGAGUCGCAGAAGAUACAGCGCGUUCUUGAGCACUUCUCGGAGCGCUUCUACGAGCAGCAAACGCAGGAGGUGUUCGCGACAAAGGACGCCGCCUUCAUCCUCUGCUACUCCGUCAUCAUGCUCAACACCGAUCUGCACAACCCCCAGGUGAAGAAGAAAAUGUCAGAGGAUGACUUCAUCAGGAACAACCGCGCCAUCAACUCCGGCAAGGACCUUCCCAGGGAGUACCUGUCCGAGCUCUUCCACUCCAUUGCGGUGAACGCCAUCACCAUGUUCAGCCAGGGCGCCACCAACGUCGAGAUGACCACCAGCCGGUGGGCAGACAUCGUCAAGCGGUCGCGCUCCAUCGAGCCCUUCACCCCUUGCGACUUCAAGCACAAGCUCAGCCGUGAGGUGUUCAUUGCCGUCUCCGGUCCGGCCGUCGCGACGUUGGCCGCCAUAUUCGACUACACGGACGACGAGGAGAUCCUGAACCAGUGCGUGGAGGGCUUGAUCUCCGUGGCGCGCAUUGCACGCUACGGGCUGGAGGACGUGCUUGACGAGCUCCUCUGCUGCCUCUGCAAGUUCACGACGCUGCUGAACCCCUACGCCACCACGGAGGAGACCAUCUUCACUUUCAGCAAUGAGCUCAAGCCGAGGAUGUCAACACUGGCUCUCUUCACCAUCGCCAACAGGUUCGGCGAGUCGGUGCGAGGCGCUUGGAAGAACAUCGUCGACUGCCUGCUCAAGCUCAAGCGGCUCAGGCUGCUACCCCAGUCGGUGGUCGAACAGGACGGCAGCGUGUCCAGCCGUUUAGGCCCUCGCCCCAAGUCAGAUUCAGCCGCCAUUUUCCCCUCGUCGCACCGUGGCGCCGGGACAAGCCGACAUGUGUCCGGCAUGAUCGGCCGGUUCUCGCAGUUCCUGUCUCUCGACGGCUGUGGCGAGUCGCUGCUCUGCGUCGGCAACGAGUUCGAGAACAACCUCAAGAUCAUCCAGCAAUGCCAGAUCGGCAGCAUGUUCACGGAGAGCGGGAAGCUGCCUGACGAGUCGCUGCAGAACCUUGGGCGGGCGCUUAUCUUUGCGGCCGGUGGCAAGGGCCAGAAAUUCAGCACCCCGAUCGAGGAAGAGGAGACCGUGGGCUUCUGCUGGGAUCUCAUCUUGCUCGUCUCCCUGGCCAACCUUCAUCGCUUCGCGUCCUUCUGGCAGCACAUGCACGACUGCUUCACGGCCGUGUCCAUGCUGCCGCUCUUCUCGCCGUGCCCUUUCGCGGAGAAGGCCAUCGUAGUGCUCUUCAAGGUCGCCGUGAAGCUGCUCCCGGGACAGGCCACCCCCGACCGCCUCGCCGAGGAGCUCAUCUGCAAGUCGGUCAACCUGAUGUGGAAGCUUGACAAGGAGAUCCUCGACACGUGCUGCGAGGGCAUCUCGGAGUGCAUCGUGAAGCUGAUCAUGGAGCACGCCGGGAGCGUGCAGACGCCGCUCGGGUGGAAGACGCUGCUGCAUCUGCUGUCCGUCACCGGCCGCCACCCGGAGACCUUCGACCAGUCUGUGGCCGCGAUGAUCAAGCUGAUGAGCGACGGGGCGCACAUCUCGCGGUUCAACUACGCGGCCUGCGUCGAGGCGGCCUUCGGUUUCGCCGCGCUCAAGAUCAGCCCCCUCGAGAUUAGCACCAAGAUCCUGGAGCUGAUGGCCGAGUCCGUGAACUGGCUCGUGCAGUGGCACAAGUCCGGCUACUCUGACCCGGGGAGCAGCAACAGCUUGUCGUCGGUGGAGGACGCGUCGCGCAUGGGCAACCUGGCGACCAACAUGUUCAUCAAGCUGGCGGAGACGCUGCGCAAGACGAGCCUGGUGCGGCGGGAGGAGAUCCGCAACCAGGCCGUGACGGACCUCGGCCGGAGCUUCGCGCUGGCCGCGGCGGGGGACCUGGACUUCGGCCCUGCGGGCUGCCUGGCCUGCUUCAACCUCGUCAUCUUCGCCAUGGUGGACGACCUGCACGAGAAGACGCUCGAGUACUCCCGGCGGGAGGGCGCGGAGCGCGAGACGCGGAGCAUGGAGGGCACGCUCGCCGCGGCGACAGAGCUGCUGGCCGACGUCUUCGUGCUCUUCCUGGGGACGCUGGCGCAGGGGCCGGGCUUCCGGACCUUCUGGCUCGGCGUGCUGCGUCGGCUGGACACGUGCAUCAAGUCCGACCUGGCGGCCGGCGGCGGCGCCGGCGUGAUGCAGGAGCUGGUGCCUCGGAUGCUCAAGAGGAUGAUCGUCGAGAUGAAGAACAAGGAGGUGCUGGUGCAGAGAGACGGAGACGAGCUCUGGGAGAUCACCCACAUCCAGAUCCAGUGGAUUGCACCUGCCGUCAAGGAAGAGCUGUUCCCCGAGUAG